UCGAGUACUCGAUUAUUUUAUCAUCGGGAUAUGCCUUGGGAGAAUGUCUAAUGGUACUGGCCAUUGAUGUUAUUGGGAGAAAAUUGUUUAUCAUGACUUCUGCUUUGAUUGGGCAGACAUCUAUCCUCGCUAUGAUUUUUCUUUCUUUGCAUAAUAAAAUUCUCCUUUGGAUAUUGUUCCUCGCCUCGUAUUCUGUUAUGCAUACAAUAACGAUAAUAAUAAUGCUGGAAAAUUAUCCAACAUCUGUGCGAGGAACGAUGACAGGCCUCACCGGAGUACUGCCCUAUCUCGCUUCAUUCUUCAUAAAGUUCCUCAUCCACAUUCCAUGUUCAACCGCUCUGUACAUAGUAUCCAGUCUUUUAAUAGGGGCUGCAAUAGCAGCUUUGCUUAUACCAGACUUGACCAAUCUCCCCAUGCAAGAGUGAAGCGCUUAAAAAUCGUGGUAAUUCACUAAACCCACUUGUUACUGAGCUCCUAUUCCAUAACGACACAAAGUUAUAGUGCUUCAAUUAAAAAUAAAUAAUGUAUUUUUUUUUUUAUUUAAAAAAU